AUGGACGCGUCGACGCGCGCGCGCGCGGCGACGCCGAGGCGCGCGGCGGGACGCGCGCGCGCGGCGACGCCGAGGCGACGCGCGAGCGGGCGGGCGACGGCGCGCGGCGACGCCGAGGCGACGGCGAGGACGCGCGAGGACGGCGACGCGGGCGACGCGCGGUUCAGCUUUCGGCGACACGAGGCGUGCGUGCGGACGACGCUUCGCGCGCGCUGCGGCGAGGGACUCGAGGAGGCGCGCGUGGACGACGCGUUCGCGGCGCGAGCGAACGCGAAGCGCGGCGUGACGACGACGACGGAGGCGUGGUCGUCGCGCAGGCUGCGGCGCGUGCGCUCGACGUACGUCGACGGGGGGGAGAAGGCGCAGAUUUAUAACUGCGCGGUGUAUCCGGCGUGCGAGGCGUGCGAUGCGCCGGUGUUCGGCGUGGAUUUGAUUUGCGUCGGCGUCGGCGCGGCGAGGAAGAUUUUAAUAGGGGUGGAUUUGCAGCCGAUGAGUCGGGAUCGCGAUUACAACGACGCGUACGUGCCGAAAUUGUUGAAACUUAGGGAUGGAGGCGCGCUGUCGGCGUGCGCGGAGGCGCUGAACGCGACGACGCCGUCGAAGAAGUUUUACGAAGACGCCACGUAUUUCUCGCGCGGGAUGUUCUUCGCGCGACCGGCUCUCGCGAACGAGGAGACGAUGGCGCGGUCGCUGGACGUCGUGCGGGCGUACUUAGACGUCUGGCUCGAUCGUUUGGAUGAAGCCGAGCGCGAGGCAGAGGCGAUGGACGGAGCGUGCAAAUUCGGUCUGUCUCUCGAGGACGUGCGGAGGUGCGUGCUGACGGAGGCUUCGGCGCGCGAGGCGCAAGACGCGCACGACGCGUGGCAGUUAGAGCACGAUCCAGCGAUCGCGAUGUUUGCAAGCUGGUACGGAGAAGAGUGGGCGCGAGACUUCGCCGAGACCGUGCUAUUCCCAGGCGCCCGCGGGUGA